ACCAAUAACAGAGAAAUCGAGAUAAAGGAAAGAAAACGAUGGCGGUUCCAGGAAGACACAUACUUGAAGAAGAUGAAGACGACGAUAACGCUCUCUUUGAAGAAAAUGGUCUCGAGAUUGACCUUGAAGCCGAUACCCCUCCGCACCUACGCGACUUUGCCGCCGCUGUCCAGCUCGGCGACCUCAACGCUCUUCGCCUCGCCCUAGACAACAUGAAUGGCAGCAUCGAUGAACCUGUAGAAGAUGGUGAUACAGCUCUCCAUCUUGCCUGCCUCUAUGGUUAUCUGCCUUGUGUUCAACUACUUUUGGAAAGGGGGGCUAAUUUGGAGGCCAAAGAUGAAGAUGGAGCAGUUCCUUUGCAUGAUGCCUGUGCUGGCGGAUUUAUUGAGAUAGUACAACUUCUACUUGACAAAGCCAUUGACAGUGGAUGUUUGAAAAGGAUACUAGAUUCAGUUGAUGCCGAAGGUGAUACUCCUCUUCAUCAUGCAACAAGAGGUGAGCAUGCAGAAGUGAUACAAUUGUUACUGGCGAAAGGAGCUUCACCCACAAAGACAAACACUUAUGGAAAGAUCCCACAGGAGCUAGCUGACCCUGAAACAGAGGCUAGGAGAGUUUUUGAAGCCGCCACUAGUGCCCAAACCUCCCAGGGAAGCUGUUAAGUACAUGAUCCUUGAAAUUUGCUUAGCCUGUGUGAGAGUAGGAUGAGUGGUGGCUACAUUUUUGUUGCCACUCUUUGGAGGCUAGAAUGAAAUACCUAUUUUUCAUCAAAUUUGAUAUUAGUAUCUUAGCGGAAAAGGGGAGCUUGUAUAAGUUUAUAGCUUUUCAAUGCUACCCUAUUAAUGGCAAAGAAACAAAUCUCCUUUACGUUUAUAAUAAACAAUUUAGUGCUUUUACAUUUAA